AUGGUUGCAGCACUCAGAUCUUCCGCCAUGGCACCGCGCGUGCCCCUACACCUAGUAGGCCGCGGUGCAUCCUCUGCACCGUUGUGUUUUUCAGUGGUGCCUCGACUUAUUUCACUGUACGCAAAGCAGCAGACAAGCCCCUUCACCAAAUCCCAAGCGCCGAGAUUCGUGCCCCGACUAUCGGUUUUGGAGGUUGAGCGCAAAUUUACUCCUACAUCGGCUUCGAUCCGCCAGCUCGACCAGAACGCCGGCGAGCCACCGUUCAAGUCCGUGUUACAAACGGGUGUGACCUGUUUCGAAGACACAUACUACGACACUUCCGAUGAUAUCCUGUCUAAUGCCGGUGUAUGGAUACGCUGCCGCAAGAAGUUUGAGUGCGGCAGGCUGCGUUUCGCACCAAACGCGAGCGACCCAAGCAGUCCUCAUGCUGUAUCCUGGGAGGCAAAGAUCCGCCUCGGCGGCAACUUCAUCAACUCCGCAUUCGGGGAGAUCACCGACAUGCAAGAGAUCCAGGCCACUCUCAGCAGCCUGGUACCAGGCGCUAAGCUCGACGGACAAUAUGGGCCGCGGGGCGGACACAUACGGGAACUAGCGAGGUUCGUUACCAACAGGACGAGCUAUCUGGUCGAUGGCAAAUUCACCGUCAUCAUCGACGUGACGGAUUUCGGACACACCGUAGGCGAGGUAGAGCUGGAGACGGAAGCCUCCGAGACAUCGUGUGAGGGCGCUGGCAGGACAUUGGCGAUUGCCGCCAUGGGCGAGGAGGUGGCAGAUCUCAUGAGACGAUUCGCUUGGGCGUUUCCUCCGGGAACCCCGGUUGGGAAACUUUCCGCGUACUUCGACUACAGGGCCAAACAAUGA